GUGGCAGCUGCUCAGGCUCAACAACACCAAAUGCCUGGUCAGCCUGCACAAGCUCCACUAACGCCGGGUGGAUUCUACAGCCCUGCAACUCCUGUACAACAAGCGCAAGCGCAGCCGCGGCCUCCAAUGGGUUACGCCCCUCCACCACAAAAUCCUGCCAUGUUCGCUGGUCAACAGCAGCCGCAGCAAAUACCUCCUGCCGUUCAGCAACAGCGAAUGCAAGCCUAUCCUGCGCCAAUGAAGCAAGUGGGAAUGCCUGGUGCUCCUCAAGUGAAUCCUGGUCAAUUCCGAGGACCUCCUGUUGAGGAAGCUGUUCAACCUCCUCCACCCAAAAAGAAAAGGAAACCUACGAAAAAGCAGCAGCAGAAGGAAGCUGAACUAGCCGCUGCCGCAGCAGCUCAGCAGCAACAAAAUGCCGCUGCAGCUGCCCAAGCACAGCAACAGCAACAACAGUUCUACAACGAUCGCAUGAUGCACCCUGCCGCUAUGACGCCUGCUAUGCAGAUGAUGGGUCACUCUGGUUACCCACCUAGUGCUGCCUACCCACCCACUCAACCAGGUAUGCCUGCUGUGCCACCCCAGUAUCCGGGAUACCCUCAAGGAGCUGCACAACAGCAACAACUGCAGCAGCAACAGCAACAAGCGCUGUGGCAUCAACAAAUGCAGCAGCGAAUGAUGUAUCAACAGCAGCAUGGGCAACCAGUGGGAGGACCUCCUGCACAACCAUGGCCAGGCCAACGAGGUCCUCCUGUGCCUUAUCCAACUCCAAUGGAUGGUGUGCAAUGUGGCCCGGCAUCUGUGCAUCCUACGGUCUCACAAAGAACCUCAGGAUCUGGAGAAUAUUCUCGCGACGGUACAUCUCCUGCAACACCCCAUCAAUUCAAUCCUGGCAGUCAUCAGGGAAUGAUGAUGCUUUUGAGCGCGAUUGUUUUCACGUGUCUUGUUCCUGUGAGUACUUGCUUGUUUGAUGUGGAUUACUAUUUUUGGUCCAUCUUUGCAGUAAGGGAUGAUAUACAGCGGAAGUUGCUGUAA